GUAAUUUUUGUCUUCUUUUCUUUUUCUUCUAGGCAAAUGAAAAUGAGAUCUGGAGAGAUCCUUAUAGACUGCUUAGAGUCUGUUGAAGAUACUAAAGGAAACAAUGGAGACAGAGGUAGACUGCUUGUGACAAAUUUACGGAUUAUUUGGCGCUCGUUGUCAUUGCCCAGAGUCAAUCUCUCUGUUGGCUACAACUGCAUUAUAAAUAUAACUACAAGAACUGCCAACUCGAAAUUACGAGGCCAGACAGAAGCUCUGUAUAUAUUGACUAAAUGUGGCAAUACACGUUUUGAGUUCAUAUUUACCAAUGUUGUCCCCGGGAGUCCACGACUCUUCACUUCAGUUAUUGCUGUACACAGAGCUUAUGAAACUUCUAAAAUGUAUCGUGAUCUGAAGCUGAGAAGUGCAUUGAUUCAAAACAAGCAACUGAGAUUAUUACCACAAGAACAAAUAUAUGAUAAAGUCAACGGAGUUUGGAAUUUAUCAAGUGACCAGGGAAAUUUGGGAACGUUUUUUAUUACUAAUGUGAGAAUAGUUUGGCAUGCAAAUAUGAAUGACAGCUUUAAUGUCAGCAUUCCGUAUCUACAAAUUCGUUCAAUAAAAAUAAGAGACUCCAAGUUUGGCUUGGCACUCGUGAUAGAGAGUUCUCAGCAGAGCGGAGGAUAUGUACUUGGCUUUAAAAUAGACCCUGUGGAGAAACUACAGGAGGCAGUGAAAGAAAUUAGUUCACUUCACAAAGUUUAUUCAGCUAACCCUAUAUUUGGAGUGGACUAUGAAAUGGAAGAAAAGCCUCAACCUCUUGAAGACCUAACAGUAGAAGAGGUUCCAGAUGAUGUGGAAAUAGAAUCUGAUGAACAUACAGAUGCUUUUGUGGCUUACUUUGCUGAUGAAAACAAGCAACAUGAUGGGGAGCCUGUAUUUUCAGAAGAACUGGGACUUGCAAUAGAGAAGCUAAAGGACGGAUUCACACUCCAGGGACUCUGGGAAGUGAUGACCUGAUGUAUAUCGGCACAUGUUGGUUUCCUAAGCAAGUUCUAACUGGGCUUGUGAGAUCUAUAGAAAAUGAUUUAGGAAUACCAGAGUAGCAGAGAAAGAACAUGC